GCAUCAGAAGAAGCCUCCCUACGCGCUUUGGAGAGUCUAAUGACAGAGUUUUUCCACAAUUGCACAACCAAUGAACGGAAACGUGAGAUCGAGGAGCUUCUGAAUAACUUUGCCCAGCAGAUAGGCGCCUGGAGAUUCUGCCUCUAUUUCCUGUCGAGCACAAGAAAUGACUACGUAAUGAUGUACAGUUUGACGGUGUUUGAGAAUCUGAUCAAUAAGAUGUGGCUUGGGGUCCCAUCUCAAGAUAAAAUGGAGAUCCGCAGCUGCCUGCCCAAACUCUUAUUAGCUCACCACAAAACACUGCCUUACUUUAUCCGGAACAAGCUCUGCAAAGUCAUCGUGGACAUUGGUCGACAAGACUGGCCUAUGUUCUACCAUGACUUCUUCACAAAUAUCUUACAGUUGAUACAGUCCCCUGUGACCACUCCUCUUGGGCUGAUCAUGCUGAAGACAACAUCAGAAGAGCUGGCCUGUCCCAGAGAGGACCUUAGUGUGGCACGGAAAGAAGAGUUACGUAAACUGCUCCUGGAUCAGGUACAAACGGUACUUGGGCUUCUCACAGGUAUUUUAGAGAGCAUCUGGGACAAACAUAGUGUUACUGCUGCCACUCCACCACCAUCCCCAACUUCAGGAGAAAGUGGUGGAGACCUGUUAAGAAGCUUGUUACAGAGUCCCAGUGCGGCCAAAUUAUUGAAUCAGCCAAUCCCUAUCCUUGAUACAGAGAGUGAAUAUAUUUGUUCUCUUGCAUUGGAGUGCCUGGCCCACCUCUUCAGCUGGAUCCCUCUCUCCGCCAGCAUCACCCCUUCGCUCCUCACCACCAUAUUCCACUUUGCCCGCUUUGGCUGCGACACCCGAGCUAGGAAGAUGUCCUCUGUCAAUGGCAGCAGCCAGAACUCUGUCUCGGGUCAAGAGCGUGGCAGGCUAGGGAUCCUGGCUAUGUCUUGCAUCAAUGAACUUAUGUCAAAGAACUGCGUGCCUAUGGAGUUUGAGGAGUAUUUGCUGCGGAUGUUCCAGCAGACGUUCUACCUCCUGCAGAAGAUUACGAAGGAGAACAACGCCCACACGGUGAAGAGCCGGCUAGAGGAACUGGAUGAAAGCUACAUUGAGAAGUUUACAGACUUUCUGCGUCUCUUUGUGAGCGUCCAUCUAAGAAGGAUUGAAUCAUAUGCUCAGUUCCCAUUGGUUGAGUUUUUGGCUCUCUUGUUCAAAUACACCUUUCAUCAGCCUACCCAUGAAGGUUACUUUUCUUGCUUUAGUCGUCUAGCAGACAAAGAAGCAGUUCUCAACAGGUACGAAUACUCCUUGGUUCUACUGCUGAGAGAGGUUUUGAAUCGCAUACAGUUCCGGUACAACCAGGCACAGUUGGAGGAGCUGGAUGACGAGACUCUAGAUGAUGAUCAACAGACUGAGUGGCAGCGGUACUUACGCCAGAGCCUGGAAGUAGUGGCAAAAGUCAUGGAGCUCCUGCCGACUCAUGCCUUCUCUACACUAUUUCCAGUGCUGCAGGAUAAUUUGGAAGUGUACCUGGGACUGCAGCAGUUUGUGGUACCUUCAGGGACAGGUCAUAGGCUGAAUAUCACUGCAGAGAAUGACUGCCGGCGCUUGCACUGUUCCCUGCGAGACCUUAGCUCCCUGCUGCAGGCUGUUGGUCGUUUAGCUGAGUACUUCAUUGGGGAUGUGUUUGCUGCCCGGUUCAACGAUGCCCUUACAGUAGUGGAGAGGCUGGCUAAGGUAACGCUGUACGGGUCGCAGAUCAAACUGUACAACAUUGAAACAGCUGUGCCAUCUGUACUGAAACCUGAUCUUAUCGACGUCCAUGCUCAGUCGCUGGCAGCACUGCAGGCUUACUCUCACUGGCUAGCCCAGUUCUACAGCGAAGUCCACCGGCAGAACCCGGAGCAGUUCGUCUCUCUAAUCUCCACCGCCCUCGAUGCUAUUACUCCACUCAUCAGCUCCAAGGUGCAAGAGAAGCUGCUGCUGUCUGCCUGCCACUUGCUGGUCUCGUUAGCAACCACUGUGCGGCCAGUGUUCCUAAUUAGUAUCCCAGCAGUACAGAAAAUUUUCAACAGAAUCACAGACACCUCUGCUCAGCGGCUUCCUGACAAGGCCCAGGUACUGGUGUGCAGGGCGCUUUCCAAUGUCCUGUUGCUGCCAUGGCCAAACCUCCCCGAGAGCGAACAACAGUGGGCAGUCCGCUCCACCAACCAUGCCAGUAUGAUCUCGGCCCUCACAAGGGAGUACCGCCACCUGAAAACCAGCGCCGUCCUGCCGCCCAGGAAAGUGCAGCUGGAGGACACCAAAGUGAUCAUCCACCAGACGCUUAGUGUCUUAGAAGACGUUGUGGAGAGCAUCUCUGGAGAGUCCACCAAGUCUCGGCAGAUCUGUUAUCAGUCACUGCAGGAAUCCGUGCAGGUCUCGCUAGCCCUCUUCCCAGCUUUCAUUCAUCAGUCAGAUGUGACCGAUGAGACCCUGAGCUUCUUCCUCACCCUUUUCCAAGGACUGCGGGUACAGAUGGGCGUGCCUUUCACUGAGCAGAUCAUCCAGACCUUCCUAAACAUGUUCACCAGAGAGCAGUUGGCGGAGAGCAUCCUGCAUGAGGGCAGCACCGGCUGCCGUGUGGUGGAGAAGUUUCUGAAGAUUCUGCAGGUGGUGGUACAGGAGCCCGGCCAAGUGUUCAAGCCUUUUUUACCCAGCAUCAUCUCGCUGUGCAUGGAACAGGUCUACCCCAUCAUUGCAGAGCGCUCCUCUCCUGAUGUCAAAGCAGAGUUAUUUGAGCUGCUUUUCCGGGUCCUCCAUCACAACUGGCGGUUCUUCUUCAAGUCGAGCGUUCUGGCAAGUGUCCAGAGGGGGAUAGCAGAGGAACAGAUGGAGAACGAAGCACAGUUCAGUGCCAUCAUGCAGGCGUUUGGCCAGUCCUUCCUGCAGCCAGACAUUCACCUCUUCAAACAGAACCUCUUCUACCUGGAGACCCUGAAUGCCAAGCAGAAGCUGUACCACAAGAAGAUCUUCCGGACGACCAUGCUGUUUCAGUUUGUGAACGUGCUGCUCCAGGUGCUGGUGCACAAAUCGCAUGACCUGUUGCAGGAAGAGAUUGGCAUUGCCAUCUACAACAUGGCCUCGGUGGACUUUGAUAGCUUCUACUCCGCCUUUCUGCCGGAGUUCUUAGGCAGCUGUGACGGCGUGGACUCCAACCAGAAAAACGUCCUGGGAAGGAACUUCAAAAUGGACAGGGACCUGCCGUCUUUCACCCAGAAUGUGCACAGGCUGGUGAACGACUUGCGCUACUACAGACUCUGCAAUGACAGUUUGCCCCCCGGCACGGUGAAGCUAUAGUGUCUGCACUGGACUCGUGUUUGGAGCACUGUACAGAAUGGAUUUGUACUUUUUAUGGUCACCACCUCCUCUCCUCCCUGAUCUCGUCAGCACUGCAGCGUGAUGCGCAUGGGCCCACGUUCCUGGAUUCGCGCCCCACCAGGCUUCCUUGUCCCACCCAGAACCCGUCCCCCAUCGAGUCAGCAGCACUGCCUGCAAGAGUGUGUCUUAACGCCAACCGUCGGGCAUUCCCGCCACGUGAAGAGUCACCUUGCCGGGUCCUUGUUUUGCUACCGUAGCACUUUGUUGCGUCUGGAGAUUUCGGCGAGUCGUCCUGAUGGAUCUGGGGUGUGUCAAUCAUGAGGCAAAAACUCCAAAGACAACUUCAGACAUUCGCACCUUCGCAUCAUUCCGCCUUCCCGCCCGGCUCCCGGAGGAGGAUUGCGAUGUCGAGCCUGGUUCGGCACCCUCACUCCCCUUUGGUUUUAAAUUGCCUUGAAGCUGCCCUGCCAUUUUCAGGGAUUUAGAGACUUGUGGUUUUUUUUAAUGUUUUCUCAUCAUUCCAUUGUGAUACUAAAACAUGCUUAAUGGAAAUAAAGUGCUUCCUUGGUUGUUUUAAA